GCCCCGCGGCGCGACGAGAGCCCUUCGCCGGCCGCCGCGCCGUGUCGCCCCGGGAGCAGGAGGAGGAGCAGGGCUGAGCGCGCAGCUGGGCUGGGCGGGUGGCGCCUUCGUGGUCAGCGGGCGAACGCCGGCUCCCUCCCUGGCGGCCCGAUGGGCAAGGUUUGUGCUGUUUUUGGAGGAUCACGAGGAAUAGGAAGAGCUGUUGCAGAAUUACUGGCACAGAAAGGCUGCCGACUGGCGAUUAUUGCUAGAAAUCUGGAAGUAGCCCAAACCACUGCUCGUCAUCUUGGCGAAGGACAUCUGGCACUUAGUUGUGAUGUAUCCAGAGAACAAGAUGUCCAGAAUGCUUUUGAAGAGAUGCAGAAGAUUUUAGGUCCUAUUAAUUACUUGGUUAAUGCAGCUGGGAUCAACAGGGAUGGCUUGUUACUGAGAACAAAGGCUGAAGAUAUGAUAGCCCAGAUUCACACUAACCUUCUGGGAACAAUGUUCACGUGCAAAGCUGCUGUAAAAAGUAUGAUUCAACAACAGGGAGGUGCUAUUGUUAACAUAGGAAGUGUUGUAGGAAUUAAAGGCAACUCUGGUCAAAGUGUGUACAGUGCUAGCAAAGCAGGAUUAGUUGGAUUUUCACGCUCUCUUGCUAAAGAAGUAGCAAGAAAGAAAAUUCGAGUCAAUGUGGUUGCUCCAGGCUUUGUUCACACAGAGAUGACUGCUCAUUUGGAAGAAGAUCAGUUGAAGAAAACAAUUCCUCUUGGGAGAUUUGGAGAGCCUCAUGAAGUUGCACAAGCUGUUGUCUUUCUCCUAGAGUCCCCUUACAUUACAGGAAGUAUUCUAAUUGUAGAUGGAGGCUUGCAGCUUCAGACUUAAAUGCUACAUUGAAUAAAUACCCUAGUCAUGAUGGUACUUACAAAACAUACAGUAAUCAAAGGGAGGAGGCAAAAAAAUUAGCUGCAGAUUGACAUAUGUAAUUGACUUGAUACAUGUUGCACUUUAUUACUUAUGAAUUAUCACUGACUAGAGGGUAUGUUUAGUUAAAUGAAAAAAUCCACAUAGUAUUACAAAGUCUCUGUAUGUAACAUAAAAUUUUAAAAAAGAUUUGGUUUGGAAUGAUGAUAACUUUAAAUUAUAUCUUCAUAUAUCUUAAAAGCAUUAUAUUUUUAUAAAGUCAUAUUUUCCAAUUUGGGAUAGCAUGGAGAUUAUAUUCUGAAUUAUUAUGUUGCACAAAGAUAAAUAAAAUGUGGAGGCAUGUUUACUGGUUGGCAAUUAUGAUUGCAUGAAAUUUAUCAUGUAGAGAGAGGUUUGUGAAUUGUUUUAUUUUUUUUAUUCUUAUCAGUCCCUAGAAAUUUGACUUCCUUUUUUUGUUUGCUUAUAGCCGACACUACAAAGCUAGAAGCUUCUAGAUCUCCAGCAUACCUGAAUUGCCUUUAGAAGAUUUAAUGAUAUGUAAUGCACUUCUUUAUAAAGACAGAACCUGCUCAGUUCUGUUCUUAAAUAUGUGUACAGCACUCAUUCAUUUCAGCAGCUCUUGAGGAUACAUUGAAGGAUUCCUGAUUGGUCAUUGGAAACGCUGAUUUUGUACUGAAAAUACACUGCAAACUGUAUGGUUGCAGGCCUUCCCCAUAAAAGAUAUAAAAGUAGCUGUGCUUUUUCACAGACUUGAAACAUAUUUAGAAACAAAUAACAAUUCCAAAGUGUAAAGUUAAGGUAUAUUGCUGUAUAUCUUCUUGAAAACUUAAUUCUACUGCGUUGUACUGAUGAUCUUUAAUAUUUAUGUACAGUCAAUAA